UGUAAUGGUAGCAUAACCACGGUACCUAUACUUACAACAACAGGAGUGGAAGCUAUUCACGUUACACAUCAGAUGUAUAUCAAACAAGUGUCAUACAAUCAACUUUCUGUGUUCAUAUAGGGUUUCCAAUAUGACCAAAACGUUGGAAAACCGGAUCUUUUCCAUAUAUGGAAUCCUUCCUCAUGCAGAACUUAACGAUGUUUACGUUGUUCUUGCCGCCAUGAUGUUUCUUACCGUACUGAGGUUGAUAUUCGCAGGAGUAAACCAUAAAGGGAAAGCAAGGUGGCCAUCAGUUUUCACUGUGGUCAUUGACAAACUACAAUUGGCAAAAAAAGACAAAACAUACAAGAUGGCAGAAUCUUUUUGGUAUCUUUCUUGGCAUGUUACGUCCCUUACGUGUACAAUAGCAGCAUUCUAUGAGGAAUACGGUACGCCAGAGAAUCGGCGGUGGCUAUACUAUUUUCUGAAGGAUCGAAAGGGUAUAUGGUUCUUCAGUGAAUCCAUUGAAGACGUCAUGAACAAAACCAUCACCUGGCCGUAUAUUACAAUGACACCCAAAUUAAGACUACUUACACUUGUGAGUAUUGGUUUCUGGAGCAGUUGCUGCAUAUAUAUCUUUUGGGAAACGAGGCGAUCAGAUAUGAGAAUCAUGCGAUUCCACCAUAUAACAACAGUCAGCCUCCUCAUUCUGGAUUAUGUUUAUAGCUUCCAUAGAAUUGGAACGUUUGUCAUCAUAUUACAUGAUAUACCAGAUGUACUGCUCUAUACUACCAAGACGCUAUCCUAUAUGCAACAUGCACCCGAAUUUCUGACUGCAGGAUUCUUUGUUAUGUACGCCAUGGGACACUUUUUCUUCCGCUUUGUCAUGAUGUGGAAACUAGUGGCAUACCCCUUCUUCGGAGAGAUGGACACUGAAGAAUUCUACGGGGGAGGGUUGAAAUAUUUGUGGCAGCUCCCGGGUGGGAUUAUUGGACCAUGUCUGCUCGUUGUGCUCACUAUAAUGAACACUUACUGGAUGAAUCUUAUUAUCGGAAUGAUGGCUAAUUUCGCAAGAGGCGCAAAGAUAGAGGAUGAACGAGAAAAGAAUGAUUAAAUAACCAACCCACAACCUGCACGGACACAAUGAAGUAUAUACGUGGUACAAUGUCUAAAUAAAACG